AUGAGGUUAUUGACGUGGGUGCUCUAUGUGGCGCUGUGGGCUACUUUAGUGGUGGCAACGCAGUUCCAGCACCCGCUCUUACCCACGGAGGACGAGUUCUACGUGCCACCACCCGGGUUUGAGGCUGAGUCGCCAGGCACUAUUCUUCGCAUCAGACCCACACCAAACAAGCUCCGCAACAUCUAUUUCGCCAUCGAUGUCGACCAGCUGUGGCAGCUCAUGGUGCGGCUGACCGACCAGUUCGGGAUUCCCUCAGCCGUGGUCACCAGUGUCAUUAUUCCCUUCAACGCUGACCCUACCAAAAUCGUGCUGUACCAGAUGUUUGUUGAUCUGUGCUCCGAGGAGUGUGCGCCGCUGAUCGCGAUGCUUGAAGGGGCACUGAUGGCUACUCUUUCAUCUCAACUUGAGGUUUUAUUCAUUCAGUUAUGCCUUGAGAAGGGGUGGCCAGUGGUGGUUCCUGACCACGGAGGCGUGGAGAACCAGUUUCCUGGAGGUCCUCAAGGUGCUUACGCUACGCUAGACUCAAUUCGCGGUGUGCUCGCUCUGGGAGCCACCACCAAUAUCCUGAGUGAGGCCCAGGUGGUGAUGUGGGGCUACCUGGGCGGGUCGAUCCCUACGAUCUGGGCGCUGGCACUCCAGCCUCAAUACGCCCCCGAAUUGAAGACUAACUUAAUUGGUACCAUUGCUGGUGGCGUUAUUACCAAUUUAUCAUCAGCUGCUUGGCAAAACGACGGCACUCCGUUUGCCGGUAUCAUCGCCAUUGCCAUGGGAGGCUACGCUAAGACUUAUCCUCAAUUUGAUGCUUUGUUAAAACAGAAUAUGAGCCCAAAAAACUACCACCGAUUUAUCUCACUGCAAACAGGGUGCUUCUUUCCUAACGUAAUGAAGUUUGUUGGUGUUCAGUUCUUUCUGGGUAAAAAACCUUGGAUCAAAGACGGAUGGGAUUUCCUCAAUAACGAGGUGUGUAAACAAAUCUUUGCCGAGAACCUGAUGCCGCUAGACGACGAAGGACCGAUGCCAGAAACUCCAGUACUCAUCUACCAUGGCUACCACGAUGAACUCCUUCCACAUAAGGACUGUGCUCUUCUCGUUGAUCUGUGGUGUCGUCGAGGCAUAAAGUCACUUGAAUUCCUCUCAGACUACACGUCAGACCACAUGAUUGGCGUGGUGCUGGGAGUGCCGCUUGCCAUCACCUGGAUGAGCGACCGGUUUGCUGGUAAACCACCGGUGGAAGGGUGUGUCAAACUCAAUAAGCUUUCGUUUGUGCGCUACCCUGGAGCCAUGAGAGAGACGUUGGAGCUGUUAAAACGCACGGGCGGCCACUAUUUAGGCCGCAACGUGGGGCUGGCCACCAACGUGCUGAUUGAUGCGGUGAAACGGUUUAUCCGUUAUGGCGUUGACCACGGUAAAGGUGCUGCUCACAAAGCCUCCCGCCGCAUGCUCAACUGGUACUACGAGCGGUGA